AUGGCGGAAGAUAUUGCAGCGCUCACCAUCGACCAAUGCAGGGGGCGCCAGAAGGUACUGCGUCAGAAGAUAACCGGAUGCUGCACCCGUAUCCGGAAGGUUAUAACCAACAAGCUUUCACGCCGUGAAGCCACCCGCCUCCUGGAUGACGCUCGCACUCUCCUUGGUGAUUCCGGCCCGAUCAAUGACCGUUUAUUGGAGCUGUUGGAGGAGGCUGAGGGGGAGCAACAACAGGAAUCAUUCCUGCGUUACGGAGGAGAUGUUGACGCAGUGGCGGACGAGGUGGCUGUAUCCGGAGGUACUCGCCGCCAGACAACGAGCCCAAGACGCCGCGAAGGUUUACGAGGAGGCCGCCAAGGCAGCCGAAGCAGCAUUGAAGGAGAUGGAGGCAGCCAAGCAGUCCGUUCAGGACCUAGGGGACCGGUAGCACGAGUUCACGCGCCGGAUGAGUGGAUCGACGACUAUUGCAGUGGAAGAGAGAAGCCGUUCGUUUAUUCCGGUGAUCAUCGCCACACAUCAGUACGAGUAGACUUGGAGGUUUACUCCGGUCGCGCUUUGGAUUGGUGGAGUGCGCUGGCCUACAAGGAAUCCCUCCGACGUUUGAAAGGGACAUGUGGCAGCCGUGCAGUUAUCCGUGCAGCACACCUACAGGCCCUGGAUCGAGUCGAGUUACCGACGCCUGCUACAUUCCGUAGAUUUGCUGAAAAGGUGAGGAUUCACCUCUUCAAUCUCACCUGGAUCGGUGAGACCGGCCAUGCUGAUUUGAUCGAGCGACUCACACAGAAACUUCAGCCCCACGAUCGGCUACACUGGAAUGACGGCCAGCGUGGAGAAUUGGAGCGUCGCACCUUGAACGAGUUUGGCCUCUGGUUAUGUACGCGAGCGGCUGCGUACCAGAAUGCCUAUUCCAUUGCCGCCGAGCAGCACCAGAGGAGCAACAAUCCAGCGCGGCCACUCCAGGCGGUAAACAACCCGUAUCAUCAGAAGAGACAUUCACGGGCCCAUCAGGCCUCCACCAAUCACAGGGCCGGACCGGCUCGAGGGGCUCCUGCCCCUACCCCUCGUGAAGGAACGACACCAGCACCCAAAACUCCGUAUUGUUUUAAAUGUGAGGGUGAGCAUCGGUUGGCUGAUUGCCAAUUCUUCAAGAAUAUGCCCGUAGCUGGACGAAUGACGUUCCUAAUGGUGCGCGGCCUGUGCUACUGUUGCUUCGGCGUGCGACAUGGAGAUAGCAACUGUAGCUUCAAGAAAGAAUGCGGCAAGGAUGGAUGUAAGGCGUUCCACCACCCUCUGAUCCACACUGACCGGGGACUUCCGGAGAGAACGGGCACCUCACAUUCUGCCAGAGCACCGUCCGGUACCAUCGCCUUUGGGGUGAUCCGCCUCGACGCCAUGAAUGCUGACGGGGAGCUGGUGCCCAUUAAUGUCAUGUUGGACGCCGGGAGCAAUACAACUUUCAUCCGUGAGGGAUUGGUUCGUUCGCUCCGGAUUUCGGGCGAGCGACAGACACUUCGAGUCCAGGGAGUAGCUGACGCGGCCUCAACGCACCCGAAUUCAGAGGAAUUGUUUCUCCAGCUGAUGACGGCCUUCGGCGACAUGGUGACCCUUAAGGGCUCGACCCUGAAGACCGUGACACAGCCAGUUCCCGUGUACAAUUGGGAGCAGCUUCACCACCGUUGGACCCACCUUAACGACCUGCCGCCGCUACGCAGCUCUGGCGGAAGAAUUGACGUCCUGAUUGGUUUAAACCAUACAACUCUUAUCACACCGACAGAUUAUCGACUCGGAGCCGACGACGAGCCAGCAGCUAUCAAGACAAGGUUAGGAUGGACAAUCCUUGGUGUGUUGGGAUCAGGAUCGACGACGGAGACCCUCUGCCACCGUGCCUUUGCCUCUCCAGAUGUACACAUCACAGCGGAGUUGGUGGAACAACUACGACGGUUCUGCGACACCGAAUCAUUCGGCACCGAGUACCAGGGCGCGGGAAUGUCCACAGACGAUCGACGGGCAGUCGAUAGGUUGGAUGCUGAAACCAAGAAGCUGGAUGUGGGUUACCAGGCCCCAAUUCUCUGGAAGGAUGAAGAGCCUCCAUUGUUGCCCGACAACCGGAGUGUAGCUGAUUCUCGGCUUCGUCCGCUUCUGAACAAAUUUGCAAGAGAUCCAGCCUAUGAGACACACUAUCGAGAGUCGAUGGCGAAGAACUUUGCGGAAGGUUACGCAAGGCGGCUGUCUGCCACAGAGGUCGAGGAGCGGCCAACUCGAUAUUGGCUACCCCAUUUUGCAGUGCCCAAGGUUGCUGGGCGCCCUGAGCUGCGGUUGGUUUUCGACGCAGCUGCUAAGUACCGAGGGAGGAGCCUUAACGACUACGUCACACCGGGCCCAGCACUUCAAAAUCCGCUCCCAGCUGUCAUUCUACACUUCCGGGAGGGAGAGGUGGCGUGGUCGGCAGACAUAGGUGCCAUGUUCAGCCGCAUUCGGCUGGACGACAUAGAUCGUCGCUAUCUUCGAUUCCUCUGGCCGGAAGGAGAUGGAACGGUGACAACGUGUGAGAUGACACGGGUAACAUUCGGUGUGUCAUGUUCGCCCUAUACGGCUAUCCGGACGACCUGGAGAGCAGCAGACGACGCAGCCGUGGACCAAGGUGAGGCGGCCGCCACCAUCCGGAAAUACCUGUACGUUGACGAUUACCUGGAUUCCAGCAAGACCACUGACGAGGCGCUGCGCCGGGCGACAGCAGUCAACAAGGCUUUGAGCAGUGGUGACUUCCACCUGACCCAUUGGGUGACCAACGAUGCACGCCUGAUGGAGCAGCUCUCUCUUCCAGAUCCAAAGGAGAGUAGUGUCAACACAGUGAACCUCGGCGCUGACGAUGCCGAGAUGGUCCUUGGCAUCACCUGGACUCCUGCCACUGAUGUUUUAGGUUUUCGUGUCCGGUUAGCAGAGAUCAACUAUACCCGCGCCGGCCUCCUUUCAAAGGUGGCUGGAUUAUUUGAUCCCCUCGGCGCCGCUGCCCCAAUGACCGUGAAGGCCAAGAUACGACUACGCCACCUUGGGGUGAAAGGCUUGAGAUGGGAAGAUGCAGUGACUGGACUAGACCACCAGAUCGUCCGGACCGAGCUGGAUACGUUCGUAGACGCCUCUGAGGAGGCCUGUGCCGCUGUAUGUUUUAUCCACAAUGUCUACGGUGACCACCGAGUGAUCCUGCGUUUCAUCAAGGCAGUGACCAAGUUAGCUCCGUUAAAAACAGUGUCCGUGUGCAAGUUGGAACUGAACGCUGGUCUUCUUGGAGCGCCAGCGCGUCGUUUUUGGACCGAUAGCAGUACUGUGCGCAAUUGGGUUCGGGCGUUGUCCGGUGACUACCAGAUUUAUGUGAGCAACCGUAUUGGCGAGAUCCAGACCCUAACGGAUCCUUCGGAGUGGCGUUUCGUUUCAGGAGUGCUAAACCCAGCAGAUGCUGCGACCCGCUCUCAACUGGGUGACCGGGCAAUCCCAGCGUGGUGGUUGGACGGACCACCCUUCUUGUAUCAAGAGGAGACGGCCUGGCCACAAGACCUCCCCUGGACCUUGGAGAAGGCGGAGAUGCGUGGGGCCCGCGCCCAUUUGAGUGAUGUUGUGGCAGAGACAAUAGUGCCAUUUGACUGGAAGACGGUGAAGAUAGCUGCCGGAGACGUGCCCACUCUCAUUAGGUUAGAGAAUGACUAUCUCGAUCUUGUCCGACGGUACCAGCGGGAGACCUAUCCUGAGGAGAUAAGCAGACUUGAACGUGGAAAGGCGAUCCGUCCUACGUCAACCUUGCAGCCCUUGACCCCCUUUUUGGAUGCUGAGAGGGUGUUGCGGCUGGGAGGGCGUCUCAGUCGAGCGAAUUUACCGUACGAGGUUCUCCACCCACCGAUCCUGAGUGGCCGACAUCUGUUAGCGCGAGCAAUCAUCCGAGCCUUUCACGAGCAGCUUCAUCAUUCCAGAACUGACAUGGUGCUUGCCCAGGUGCGGCAACAUUUCUGGAUCACAGCAGGAAGAGAGGCGGUCAAGAGAGCUCGCAGCGAGUGUCUGGCGUGUCGGCGUUUCCGACCCAAAGCAGCAUUACAGAUGAUGGCGGACGUUCAUAAGGCCCGUCUAGGUGCGCACCAGCCUUCGUUCACCUAUACCUCCGUCGACUAUUUUGGCCCUAUUGACAUCGCCUACCACAGAGGGUCGGCCAAGCGAUGGGGCGCCCUGUUCACGUGCCUAGUGACACGGGCCGUGUACACCGACGUGGCGAUCUCUCUAUCAGCCAAUUAUUUCUUGCUGGUCUUGCGCCGUUUCGUUUCUAUCUACCGCAAGCCAGCUGAGAUGUUCUCCGACAACGGAACUAAUCUGACCGGGGCGGAGCGACUACUACGUGAGGAGCUGGAGAGACUAAAGGAGAGUUCGGCGUUGGAGACGGAGCUCAAGGCUCUCGGGAUUCGAUGGUGGUUCCAGCCAGCCCAGACACCCCACUUUGGUGGAGCUCACGAAUCGCUGGUGCGAUCGGUCAAGAGAGCGCUCUAUCCCGUGCUGGACAAGGAGAUGAACGGGCAGCGUAAUCCGAGUGAGGAGAUUCUUCGGACGCUCCUGUUUGAAGUGUCGGGACUGCUCAAUUCCCGCCCACUGACUUAUGUCAGCUCAGAUGCUGACGAUAUUCGGCCCUUGACGCCGAACGAUUUUUUGAAUCGCGCCCCAAUUGCGGAUCUACCGGCGGGAGAGUUCUCUCGAGCCUUGCCACGGGACCACUACCGGUACGUUCAACGGAUGGCUGACCGCUUCUGGGAGCUGUGGCAUGGAGCAUUCCUACAGUCCAUGACCUCGCGACGCAAGUGGACAAGACCAGCCCGAAACCUAGCGGUUGGCGACUUCGUUCUCGACGACUGGAAGGAUGCACCACGCGGGCGCUGGUGGACCGGAAAAAUUGUGAGGACGUAUCCGGGAAAGGAUGAACUAGUUCGAGCGGUGGACGUCGAGUUUCCGACAGGCAUAUUGCGCCGGGGAGCUAAUCAGCCUGCCUUAUUAGAACCAAGGUCACUCGCUCCGGAAGCCGGAUCCAGUUCGGGGGAGGAUGGUUCGGCGACUGCUGUUUAG